UCUCCCUGAACCUGUAACUUUUUCUCCUUUAUUAAGCCGGACCCACAGCUUCUGUCCUCAGACGUCCCGUCGGCCAUGUCUCUGCGCUCUCCUCCUCCGAUUCUCUCCGUUCGGCCGUCUCGGGCUCUGGUGGACGAGCCGUUCGAGGUUUCGGUGGAGAAUCUGCCCCCGGGGGGUCCGGUCACCGUCCGCUCGCUCCACCGCUCUGAGGACGGCGACGACUGGGAGGCCUAUGGGCGCUACGUCAGCGACCACAGCGGGAAGGUCUCUGUUUCAGAGGACCUGAGCUUCGGAGGGACGUUCUCUGGAAAGCAGCCUAUGGCUUUGCUGUGGAGCAUGCGUCCGGUCCCAGGCAGCCGCUCCGGCCUCAGGCUGAGGAAGCUGAAGGUCACCACCCCCAUGCUGGUCAACAUCUCCGUUUAUCGCGGCCACAACGACUUCAGAGAUCAGACGCCGCUGGCUUCUGCCGUAACAGAGCGCUGGUACAUGGCUCCAGGGGUCCACAGGGUCGAUAUCAGACAGGAAGAAGUUCAAGGGACUCUGUUUAUACCUCCAGGUCCAGGGCCGUUCCCUGGAGUUUUGGAUAUCUGGGGAGGUUGGGGAGGACUGCUGGAGUAUCGCUCCGCCUUGUUGGCCUCCCGUGGUUUCGCCUCUCUGACGGUGGAGUAUUUAAAACCUGGAGAGCUGCAAACAGAUCUGGAAUUCAGCUCCUUUGAGGCGGCGUUUAAUAUCCUGAAGGACCAUCCUAAGGUGUUGUCAGAUAGAGUCGGGGUCUUGGGCUCUUCUGCCGGGUCCAUUGUGACCCUGUACCUGGCAGCUGAAAGCACGGCUGUGCAGCCCCGCUGCGUUGUUUGCAUCAGUAACGCCAACUGUUACCCCCAUGAGAGCGGCCUGUCAGGGAUCCAACACCUGCUGGCCAAGAAAUUCGACAAAAUACGUCUGGAUGAGAACAACCACGAGAUCUGGAGAGGCAUCGGUCUGGCUCUGCUCGACGACGCGCCGUAUAAAGUGGAUAUGGGGAAAAUCAGAUCCCCGGUGCUGCUGGUUAACGGCCGUGACGAUCAGAACUGGCCUGUUCUGGAGACCGCGGACAGGAUGGCCCAGGUGGUUGGAGCCGCGGGGAAGGCGCACCUCCUGUACCGGCUGGACUAUCCCAACACCGGACAUCAGAUCGAGCCGCCGUUCUCUCCUCAUUUCAGAGCCACUAACCUCGCCAUAGACGGCACCAAGGACAAAGCGAUACUGCUGUGGGGAGGAGAGACCAAAGCUCAUUCAGAGGCUCAGGAAGAUUCCUGGAAGAAGAUCCUCAGCUUCCUGCGACAGCAUCUGUACUGCAGCCCCAAAGCAAAGAUAUAAUCCACUGAUGCAAAACCUGCAGUUCUGUUAUUAAUCUGUUAUCCUCAAUAAUCCAUAACAGGACUGUAUUUUGGAUUAUUUAAAUACUAACAAAUAUUGUUAGUGGAGAUACUUUUUUUUUGGAAACACAACCUUAAUCAUUUCUCUCCUUGUGCUGUAAUUGAAAUUUUUAAUAUCCAUUUAAAAAAUAAUGUAAUUUUUUUGUAUCUUAACGUUUAAACAUAAUCUUU